AUGGCGCGGAUUAAAACAACGCUUCAAGCCGGCUUGGCCCUAAUUCACGGCAGACUGGCGCCUCCCGCCGAGCAUAGCAUUUCACAUCAUGUCAGGCAGUCUAUCUUCCUCUACCUCACCUCCACUUCCCUUCCCUGCCACACAAGGAUAUAUCUCAAUCUUGUGUCCUCGCUGCUGCGCUCGAGUCCUCAUCCAUGUCUCUGGAAUGUCCACUCCAACAGCCGAGGGCUGCCCCGUGGGGCCAUGGAUAAAGACGCUAACCACCAGCGUUCAAGUCAACCACAAGGCCCUCAACCUGAAUCGCGACAACAAAUACCAGGCAAUUCAUUUGGUAUGCGGAAGCACAACCCAAAGAAUGCAAAAGCCUUGUACUCAGCACGAUCAAACACCAUCAUGCGCCUGGAAAUCCGCCUGGCGAGCUGA